CUCGUCUAAUUUUGACCAAUGUGGCAAGGUCGAAUGGUCAAUAACACAUUUGAGUCUACCAAUUUGAGUUGACGGUAAUAAUAAUUGCCUCCCGCACCUCAAGUCCUCAAUUACCCGUUUACCCCCGUCACUAAUUCUCGUCGCCGGCGCCUUUUUCUUCCUUAAUUUCCCGGCAUUACACAAUUCAAAGUUGAACAAAUCUUAGAGAGAGAAAUUCGACCUCUUCUCUCUCACCUACAAUUCACUUCGAUCUCCCAACAACAAACAAGGAAAAAAAUGAUCCGAUUCAUUCUGCUACAGAACAGACAAGGAAAGACGCGUUUAGCUAAGUACUAUGUUCCUCUCGAAGAUUCCGAGAAGCAUAAAGUUGAAUACGAGGUUCAUCGACUGGUUGUAAAUAGAGACCCAAAAUUCACCAAUUUUGUUGAGUUUCGUACGCACAAGGUUAUCUACAGGCGUUAUGCUGGGUUAUUUUUCUCCAUGUGUGUUGACAUCACUGAUAAUGAGUUAGCAUACCUGGAGUGCAUUCAUCUCUUUGUGGAGAUACUGGACCACUUUUUCAGCAAUGUUUGUGAGCUGGAUUUAGUCUUCAAUUUUCACAAGGUUUACCUGAUUCUUGAUGAGUUUAUCCUUGCUGGCGAGCUUCAGGAAACGAGUAAGAAGGCUAUCAUUGAGAGGAUGGGUGAAUUGGAGAAACUCGAGUGAUCUAAUUUUGUUGUAGAAGAAUAGCCUGCAAGCUGCUCGUUAUGGAUUGAUGAUUGAAUUUAACUGAGCUUUCACAUAUCCUUGUUUGGGGAACAGAUAUAUUCGGCCUGUGUAUAAUACAUCUUGUGAUCACAAUCCAUUUGUUUACAGUUAACUUGAUGCUUGGCAAUUUUCUGUAUUAAUUUUGUUUUAGUAUCUUUUGCCUCUAUAUGAAUAUACAGUAUAUGGUUUACUCCU